UGUGUGCGUGCGUGCGUGCGUGUGUGCGUGCGUGCGUGUGUGCGUGCGUGCGUAUGUGUGUGUGUGUGUGUAUAGACUCAGCCCUGUCGGCUCCUCUCAAUGUGACGAUCAGAGAGCUGGAGGUGAACACAGCCAUAGUCACAUGGGAGAUACUGGAGGGAGACCCUGUCAUCGGAUUCGCCAUCACACAACAGAAGAAGGAUGUGCGUAUGCUGCGGUACAUCCAGGAAGUGAACACGACCACGCGCUCCUGUGCAUUGUGGGACUUGGAGGAGGACACGGAGUACAUUGUUCAUGUCCAGAGCAUCAGCAUGGGAGGCAGUAGUCCUCCAAGUGACCCGGUCAGCUUCAGAACUCCCAGAGAGUCUGAGAAACUGGCCUCCACAGUAUCAGACCAGGUGAACAGAGAGGAGAUGGAACAGGCAGUUCAGCUCAGAGUUGGAGAGCUCAUCAUCAUCGUAGUGGUUCUCGUCAUGUGGGCAGGUGUGAUCCUCCUGUUUUGUCGUCAGUAUGACAUCAUCAAAGACAACGAACCCAACAACAACAAGGACAAAGCCAAGACCUCGUCCGAAUGCAGUACGCCCGAACACCCACAGGGAGGCCUACUGCGUAGCAACCUCUGAAACCAGCCCCCACAGUCCACUCAACUAUAUGGCAAUAACGUCUAAUCCUAUUCCUUAGGACAGAUCCUGAGACCAACAGAAGCCAUUCUCAGACUCCCCUGAAACCAUUCAGAACCCUCCUUGCAACAACAGAAACAGACCAGGACUAAUUCUAAGACCAGAAUGUAACCCAGGACGCAUUGAUAAAGCCACAACCAGAGUCAGACAAAAAACAGUUGUCUUUGAAGCAAACAGAACUUGUUCAUUGCCACACUCUUUUGAAUUCGGGGAGCCCCUGGAUCCUGGAAUCUGUGUGGCCAAUUGAUUGAAAAUGGCUGACAAUGGAUCCAAAAUGGCCACCGGUCAAUAUAUUGAACCUGGAUCACCAACUGUCUGAAUGACAGUAUGUACCAUCCAUUUGGAAAAAUGUGGAAAUGUUGGCACAUAUUGAACAUGACCCCUGGUUUCAUAGUAGCCUGACUGACGUCCAUGAGGCUUGGAUGUGUUUGUUUGGUUCCAAGCGAGAGGCCGUGCAUGUCGUCCGCAACAUGAUGAUCACCACUACGAUGAUGAUGAGCUCUCCAGCACCGAGCUAAGACUCCUGACACCAUCUCCUCCACCAAUCAGCACCUCAAAGACUACAGCACAGACCCCGCCCAGGAACCAAGCCCAGCCAAUCACAACAGCCCAGCAGACCACAAUCCCCCACCAUCCAGAGUGGGGAACCUGAAUAAGUGGACACAUGACAUUUUUAACCACACUUCUUCUACUUUCUGAUAUAAAGUAGUUCAUUGCAUCCGCCGUGGAGCCAAGUUUCAUAAUAUUACCAUAUGUCCUAGCUGCUUGCCGUAGUUUUGAAGUAAUCCCACAAAAUAUACAAGCCUUAUUUCAGGGCAUUUUUCACCCUGCCAGCUCCUAUUAGUUCUAUUGAGCACCAACUCGCCCUCUGAACGUUCUAUUCCCCGUUUAUUCUACGUCACAAUGCCUGCUUUGCUAUUGUUGGCAAUGAGACCUGCCCACGUUGCUGGUAGUUAAAAUGUAAACAACAACAAAAUGACUCAUGGAACUCUGAGGUCGUCCCAUUGUUUCCUAUAGGGAAUAUAGGUAUGUCUGUCUAUUUUGCAAAAUAUCUCGCAAUGUGUAUGUUUAGAUUUUUUUGAAUAGGACACCAUUUUAAACAUUAGAAUCUCCUCUUUCUAGUUAUGUAAGGCUGGGUAGCGUACUCUGUAGUCAUCAAACGCUAGCCCCCCAAAAUACCUUUUGCCCUUGGAACACUGAGGUCCCCCAAUUGUUUUCCUAUGGAGAGACAUGCUGGUAUCUUUUGCCAAAUAUCUCGCAAUGUGUAUAUUUAGAUUUUUUCGAGUCGGACACCAUUUUAAUCAGGAUUAAUCUCCUCUUUCUAAUUACACAAGGUUGGGCAGCGUGCUCAGCUGUCAUCGAUUGCUAGACCAGAAAUAGUCAAAAGUUGCAAUUUCUUCCCUACUUCCUCAUUAUGCAGACAUAAGCACACUUGGCACCAUCGAGGUGCGGAUGUUAACUUUCUACACUAGUUAUUUUUCAGUUUCGUCCUAAGAACAAAUUGUAGUGGUAAAAUAAAAAGGGAUACAUUUUUUGGUGCCAUUUAGAUGAAAUUGAAUUCUAAGCGUCACUCCAGUCAAAACAGGCUCUGCGAACGUUCCGAUUCCAUUCAUUUGCUAUGGGCUCACGCUAGUGUUCCAGCUUAGCCAACGUUCUUUUGCCAUUUUUUUUUUUCACCCUUGGGUGAAUUUUGACUCGUUCUAUUGUCCAGCCUACCCCUAGACAUUGAUCGUGGGUCACAUUAGGAAUUCCCUCACUAGUGUUAAGGGUUAGGAUCAGGGGGGAGAGGAAACAGAUCCUAGAUCUGUAGUUAGUUGAAAUGUAACCCGCCGGGGGAGCACAGGAAUACACCGAAGCAUUAAGGCCAUGUCCAGAAACAACCCCCCAAGUUCUACUAUCUACCCCCUGGACACUUGGAGAUCUGGGCCUGUAUUCAGAAAGCGUCUCAGAACAGGAGUGCUGAACGAAGAUCAGUUGUACCUUUCAGAUCUUUAAUAUAAAAGGAUACAUGGGACACGGGAGAACUGAUCCUAGAUCAGCACUCCUCCUCUGAGACUCGAUAUGAAUAGAGAGGAUUGGACGGUUGUGAAACAGUAUGAAAAGUUCCACCUAGCCUAUCAGAGGGCACUGUGAAGUUAUUUUCAUAUUGCUUAAACCUAUCAAAUCAUUUCAGAUCUCAACAUGUGUCUAGGUGGAAGGGGCUACUCUCUCUCUCUCUCUCU